GGUGCCGCUCUACCCCGGAGUGUCGGUGGUUUCCGGGGACACUCUGCCUUUCUUCUCGCUGGAAGGCUGGAGGACUGGCGAGGGGUAGUUUGAGUUGCCGGCGGGCGGCUGCGGCCGGCGGACUCUCCUGCCCACGCCUCUCUGGUGCCGGGAGGCGGGCCGCCGGGUCCUCUCCGCGCCGCCGCCCUCCGGGUCCGGCAGACUCACGUGACCGACGCGGACUCUGGAGCGGCGGGCCGCGCCGAGGCGGCGGCGGCGGCGAGCGCAGCCUGCGAGGUAGCGGCCUGGCGAGGGACCGGCCGGCUGCCCUCGCCCUCCGACAGCCGCGGCGGGGAGGAAAAUGGCGGAGGCCUCGGCGGCCGGGGCGGACGCGGGCGCCGCUGUGGCCGCGCACCGGUUUUUCUGCCACUUUUGCAAAGGCGAGGUCAGCCCCAAACUGCCGGAAUAUAUAUGUCCCAGAUGUGAAUCAGGCUUUAUUGAAGAAGUGACAGAUGAUUCCAGUUUUUUAGGUGGUGGCAGCAGCCGGAUAGACAGUAGCACAUCAACUCGUUUUGCAGAGCUCUGGGACCAUUUGGAUCACACGAUGUUUUUCCAAGAUUUUAGACCAUUUCUAAGUAGCAAUCCACUGGACCAAGAUACUAGAGCCAAUGAAAGGAGUCACCAGACUCCCACUGACUUCUGGGGACCAAGUAGGCCUCCAAGGCUGCCCGUUACCCGGAGAUACAGGUCUCGAGGAAGUGCUCGUCCUGGCAGGUCUCCAGCUAUUGAGGGAAUAAUGCAACAGAUCUUUGCAGGAUUCCUUGCAAAUUCUGCAAUUCCAGGAUCCCCACACCCUUUUUCUUGGAGCGGGAUGCUGCACUCCAACCCUGGGGACUAUGCCUGGGGUCAGACAGGGCUUGAUGCCAUUGUAACCCAGCUUUUAGGACAGCUGGAAAACACAGGGCCUCCCCCAGCUGACAAGGAAAAAAUCACCUCUCUUCCAACAGUGAGCGUAACUCCGGAACAAGUUGAUAUGGGUUUAGAAUGUCCAGUUUGCAAAGAAGAUUACACAGUUGAAGAGGAAGUCCGGCAGCUACCCUGCAAUCACUUCUUUCACAGCAGCUGUAUUGUGCCAUGGUUAGAACUGCAUGACACAUGUCCUGUAUGUAGGAAGAGUUUAAAUGGUGAGGAUUCUACGCGGCAAACCCAGAGCUCUGAGGCCUCUGCAAGCAACAGAUUUAGCAAUGACAGCCAGCUACAUGAUCGAUGGACUUUCUGAAACUAAAGGUCACACCUGAACCAGGGCUGUCUGUGGUAGUCUUCUUAAAACAUAGCUAUAGAUUCUAUCAAAACAAAAAAUAGUAGAUGGAUUUAGGAAUCACAUAAGAAACCCCAACCCAUAAUAUUAACGCAAUGAGUGUUUUUCUUCUCUAAAUUUAAAGUUAGUACCUACCGAUUGAAUUGUAUCACAACCAAAUGCCUCUUACUCCUGAAUUCAGAGUGAUAAUUUUUUAAGUGUGAAACUUAACUAUGUGGGUUUGCCCCUGCCUGAAGAGAGUCAGUUCCUUGAAGUCUAGCGAGGGUCCUGCUGUCUGUCAUGUCUCCUUGGGAUGGAUGUUCCCACCUCCUCCUUCAGCCUCCUUCUACCCCAUCGUUAGUAUAUUUUACAGUGAACACAGAGGAACCAGAGCCCUCAAGUCCUGCUGACGUCAGGUCCUGUUGUCUUUAUUGUACAGAAGCAUCUACUUUUGACCACAUUAGCAAUAAGGUGAUGUCAGAUUGAUUCAGGAAUUUGAGACUAAGGAUCUUGUUUUGUUUUAAUCCUCAGAGCACAAAUCAAAGAAAAAUUACAGUGGAAAGGAAAAGGUAACCUGUCGUAAACUUUAGUUUUUUAAUUCUUGAGAGUCUUGUGCUGUUGGGAAUCUGAUUCUGGUUCCUUUCUGGGAAUGAGUUGGGCAGCAAGUAGCGUCAGAAAGACAGAUGUUUAAAAUCUUAAGUUCUGUGAUUUUUUUUUUUUUUUAUGAUCCUUAACUCAUUGUUUACUGUUUGUCUUAAGAACCUUAAUAUAAUUUCUCUCAUAGAAAUAUAAUUAUUUCAUACUGCUUCUAUAUCCAGUUCACUGCUUUUGGUAAUUCAGUGCUCUUUAGGAAUUGAGAUUUUACAUUGUCUUUUAAUCUUUAAAGCCCAUUGUUUGUCUUGGAAACUUUUCUGUUCUGCUUUGAUUCUGGCAACACUUAGAAUCAAACUGAUUAUGUGAUCAUGCCCAAAACAACUUGGCCUGGAAGAGGUAGGCCUUACUUUUUAAGCUAACAGUGUCCCAUAUGUGUGCUCUUCAAGUGUUUAAAGUUGAAUAAAUGAAGAAAGAAUGUCAA